CACAAAUAUUUUGUUUUCUUCACAGGUUUCCCUUUACUAGUCCUUUACAGGCACCAAUAAACCUCAUCCACAGCAAUGGACGGAGCACCAAACCCCUCCAAGAAGGCUUCUGGAAAUAAACAAACCUUGACUGCAUGGGAUAAUGGAAAUCAAGGCAAAGAUCAAAGCCAGAGCAGUGGUCAACAGAGUCAGGGCAGUGGCACAAUAAGCCAAAGCUCAGGACAACAAAGUCAAGGAAGUGGACAAAGCGGAUGCCAACAAGGCCAAGAUCAAAACCAAUCCAGCGGGCAACAAGGCAGUGGAUGCCAGCCACAAGGCAGGGGGCAGCAGGGUAGCGGUUACCAAAAAGGACAGGAUCAAAGCAGUGGACAGCAGGGUAGUGUAAGUCAACAAGGACAGGAUCAGAGCAGUGGACAGCAGGGUAGCGGAUAUCAAGGACAGGAUCAAAGUAGUGGACAGCAGGGAAGUGCAAGUCAGCUACCAGGCCAGGGGCGAGGCAUUGGACAGCAGGGUGGCACCAUCCAACAAGGACAGGAUCAAGGCAGCCAGCAGGGUGGUGGAUGCCAGCAACCAGGACAGGGUCAAGGCAGAGCACAGCAGGGAAGUGGAUACCAGCAACCAGGACAGGGUCAAGGUAGUGACCAACAAAGCCAAGGAGGUACCUGUGGCCAAGACAGCCAGAGUGGAAGCCAGAGUCAAAGCAGAGGGCAAGGCCGUGUGAGCCAACAAGGGGGCCAGAGUCAGGAUCAGGGACAAGGGCGUGGUGGACAGGACUCUUCUUAUAACUUUAGACAAGGAAAAGAGAAGCAAUAGACCCAUCAGAUAAAAGUGAAACCUCUGUGUUUUCAUGAUGACCUAAUCUGUGUUUUCAUGAUGACCUAACCUCUGUGUUUUCAUGAUGACCUAAUCAGUCUCGUAUAUCCUCUGUGUAGAACUACUGUAGUUACAUGCAUAUAAAUUAAAGCAAAUUAUAU